CCGCGGUCCGCGCAUUUCUCGGCGCGUGCUGGGGAUCGCUCCGCGCAUUCGCGAUGACUCGAAAGGCUCCGCUGCGCCUCUUAGCAAGUGCUCUCGUGCGCCAUGGGCUUCCGCGGAUAGGUUGCGCCGCGCAAGGCCCGCUUCCCCUCCCGCGCCAUGGGCUUCCGCGGAUAGAUCUCUGCGCGGAAGCCGGCCUUCCGCGGCCUUAUCUCUGCUCCGCGCCAUUCCCCAUCCCUGUUGCCGAAUCGCCCAUGGAAUCCCUGAAUAUCCUCGCACCGCGCUAUACCCCUUCGACCUACUUCUCCGCGUCACACGUCGUUACUACCAAUUCGUCUUUCCACUCCUGCCGAUUCGCCUCCACCUCCGUCCACUCGACCUUCUCCGCUUCUCCCGCCGCAUCUCCCGCCGCAUCUGCCGCCGGAUCCGCCGCCGCGGCGAAACCGCGCGAAGCAUCUGGCGCCGAGUCGCUACUGGCCAGCUUGGGCCUUAAGCCGCUUCCGCUUUUCCCGGGAAGUCCGCUGCUUGAGAACCAAUCAGCUGAGAGUUCCGAAUCGCAAUCGGCUUGGGAGGGGGCAGAGGGGGAUGGUAAUGCGGCAGGAAAAGGAGUUAAGAGGCGGCGGAAGCAGAAUCUGGCGGAUAUUCUAUGGCGGCGGCCGGCGUGGGGGCAAGGCGCGAGAGUGGCGAAGCGGCACUGGCAGGAAGGAACCUUCUACGAGGUUUCUCGUGUUCAGAUAGCCAAGACUGGGCGCACGGCCACAGUGUGGGGGAUAUUCCACCAGCAAGGUGUGCCGGUGGCAGCAGAGGCAAGGAUAGGGGGGGCGAAUAAGCCGUGCUGGAAAGCAGUGAGGGAGGGCGAGGAGGAGGAGGAGGGUGAUGGAGGGGAGGAAGAGGAGGGCAGGCCAGCUGUGGAAGCACAGGCUGUGCCGGCGUCUGUGUAACGUGUGCCCGCGCGACGUUUCCAAACACCUGAAAUCAAGGGAGGAGGGAGAUGGAGGGAGGGGAGGAGGAGGGUGAUGGAGGGGAGGAAGAGGGGUGCAGACCAGCGGUGGAAGCACACACUUUGCCGGCGUCUGUAUAACGUGUGUACACCGUCUUCUGUUUGAUAAGAGGGACACUCAUAAAAUACUAUGUAGGGUAGCGUAAGGGGGAGUAAGGUUGAGUCAGGUAGAGGAGCAUACAGUCACAGGGUUGGCCUUGUUGAGGAAUUGCCAGCUGUGCAGGAUUGUGAGCAGGGUUACCACGAUCGAUGUGAUGCCAUGAUCAGUGGUGCCACGUCACUUGCGAAACUGAGAUUCACCACCCUUAUAGCUGUGAUUAUUCAGCGAGGUUCUCGAGCCCUAGUUUGUAAGAAAUGGAAAAGUGGUGCAGGAUAC